UGGCACUGUUUGUUCGGAGAUAUACAGGGAGUGAGUAGAGGAAAAGCGAGACACAGACGACUGAAGGAGCAGGGAGGAGCCGAAGCUGAACCAGAGAACAAGACGGGAUUCACAGCUGAGUUUAUUCACCGCUAACUCUGUAUUCAAGUUCCAUCCGCUUGUGGGGAACAGUUUCUCAAAGUAUAGUUUGCAGUCAGUUUCUGGAUUCUUCAAGCAGAAAGAUGAAUUCAUUGGGUAAAUCUUCCAAAUGGCCGUCUUAUGACUCGCUUCCCUCCACCUCAAGCUCCCCCCCCAGUGAGGACGAGGCAGACAUCUUCUCUGAGGGAGAAGGGGACGGAGUAUUAAAAAGCUCCCUGAACUCAAAGUUUAAUGGCGAUCAAUGUGAACUAUACCCCGAUGAAGCCAAACAUUUGUCUCCUGGAGCGGCUGCACUGAGGUCAUCAACUCCAGGAGACUUAACCUUCGCUAAGAAAUGUGCUGAUUUGCACAGGUAUAUCCGCCCUUUGCUGAAGCUUCUACAGGGAUUAAAGACUGGACGGUUUGACAAAGGCUUAACCACCUUCCAGCAGAGUGUUGCCAUAGAUAGAUUACAACGGAUUCUUGGGAUCCUCCAGAAACCUGAAAUGGGGUAAAAAAAAUAAAAAAAGUGCUU